ACACAAAUCGCUUAGUUACCAAAAAUGAUCGCCCACGUAUUGUUGAUGUCUCUUGCCGUCACUUACGCAACGAGUCCUCCAUAUGUGGAACCGCCACGCCCAGAACCGUCAAAAUGUCCCCACGACGAGUCCCUUGCCGGUUUGGACAUGACGAAGAUGGAGGGCAGAUGGCACGUGGCGUCUGUUAGCACUACCAAGCCCUUGGAACUCAGGGGGCUGGCUAAGCCUAUCGAAGGACAGACGGUUACCAUUACCGGAAGACCGGGAGAAUACCUUCUCGUCCACUCACUUGGGGAGGACAAUCCGUUCACUCACGAGUACACGAUCGUGCAAGAGGAACGAGAGAUUAACGCCUACAUUCCCGAACAAGUCAACGAAUUGAAAUUCGCGGUUGUUGCCACCGAUUACGAUAACGUCGCCUUGAUAGUAACAUGCGAGCAAGGCUACACGCAUCACCGAGUCGCACGCGUUCUAGUCAGGCACUCUGCUGGAGAUCACCAAAGACAUCUGGAUCAGAUGUAUGAACAUUUGCCUGCGCGUGGCAUUCAGAUAGAGGACAUGGAGAAGGUGGAGAUGUGAAGCUUUGCCUUUCUUUUUCAGUUUAUGUCAAAAAUAAACACUCAAGAGUAGAAGUACUCUAUCAAAAUCAAAAUUCCCUUCCCCUGUAUUGAGAAAGAUAUCACUUUUACUUUUUUCGUUGAAAUGACAGGUCGGUCUUUGCAAAAAAUGUUUAUUCCUGAAGUGGAAAAUUUACAGUCAUCAUGCUACAAUUGUUUAAAUCAUUUAUGUAAGCGUCUUUACGCGAAUGGGAGGGCUGUAAUCCUUUCUAGGUAAACUUAUUCCUUUUUGUUAAUACGUUUCUUUUAGGAUAUGCCGUAUGUGUUACUUUCAAUACAUGACUUUGUUUUA